GUCAUCGUCUCAUUGAUUGCUUAAUCACUGAGCCAGCGAUAUAUAUGGUGUACUUGAUGUAGGCUUGUUCUUGUGUCUAAAUAAGGUAAGUUCAGAUUUUGGAAUUAAACAGGUUUGAGAACUUCACUCGUUUAAAUUAAAUAAAAUUAAUAGAGUAAUAGCAUAGGUUGAAAAAUUUGAAAUAUUUCCAUUGAUAAAACUAAAUGUUUUAAAGAAAGUCCGAAACAAGUUAACAAUGACCUAUAUUUAGACCAAUGUAAUAUAAAAUGUAAAUAGUAGCGUUUUUAGAAAAUAUACUAAACACAAAUCAACAAAUAAAAAGCUCUUUUAUUCUUAAAUCAUUCUUUCAUCAUAAGUAAUUGCUGACGAAUCUAUUAUAAAUGCGCAGUCACGUCCUUUUUAUGAGAAUAAUAUUUAUGGGAAUUGUGGAAAACACUCAAGUCAAUCCUGCCGCCGCCAUUUUGCCAUAGUAACCAGGCAAAUAUUUCACGCGUGGAGCUGUGUAAAAAGUGCGUGGGAUAAAUUUAUUAUCCUCGGCGCGUUGUGCUUUUGUCAACAUUUAUCUCAUCGUAUUACUUGAUCUUGGCACUUGAUUUGAAAAUAUGGGACUUAAGACUAACAAAGCAACAAAAACCACCAAAUUGAAUUGUCAGUAUGUUGGGUCUUUCGCUGUCAGAGAUGGAGAUAAACAAUUGCCUUCUUCGGAGCAAAGCAAAUUUGUUGAUGAAAAACUAAAGAAAUGCACCAAAAAACUUCUGGAUGGAUCGCCAGUUUGCUUGCAGGUUUCCCCCGAUGGCAUCCAAGUCUUGACUUCUGAUGAGAAGACGGUCAAAAUGGCGCACACUUUACGGCGUGUCUCCUACGCCACAGCGGAACCCACGAACAAGUUAUUUGCCUACGUCACUCAUCAACCUGGGACUGACAUGGAAAUCGUAUGUCACACCUUCGUCACAAAGAGAAAAGAUUAUGCCGAAGGAUUGAGUGCAGCUCUUGGAAAACUUUUUAAACAGAGUUUCGCCUAUACUCUUAAACGAAGGGAUAAACUAGAAGAGGCAGCCCAGAAAAGAGGGGGGAAUCGACGCUGGGCAAAACACCAGGUCGCCGCAGGACACGGCGUUAGAGCAGUGCAGCCACGUAACGAAACCACGAGGUCUGCCAAUACCGGUGAGGUGAAGAAUGAAAAUGGUGCUACAUCUAGAACUCCAGCGCAGCAAAGACCAAACCAAAAUGCAUCUCCUGUGACUAAAAGUGAGGAAACUCGGCCAAAAAGGAGAACCCCACCUGGAAUUCCAAAUAGGUCACCUUCCAGUGAAUUAGAUGAUCCAUUCUCGACCCCUCCUCAGGCUGAUACUGUUCCUUCAACUCAAAGUGUUCUUUCAACUCCUGAUGCUCAUCAAACUUCUGAUGUUCACCAAGCUCCUAAUUUUUAUCCAACUUCUAAUGUUCAUCAAACUUCUAACUUUUAUCCAACUUCUAAUGUACAUCCAACUCCUAAUUUUUAUCCAACUUCUAAUGUGCACCCAACUCCUACUGUUCAUGAAACUCCUAAUUUUUAUCCAACUUCUAAUGUGCAUCAAACUCCUAAUGUUCAUCCAACUCCUAAUGUUCACCCAACUUCUAAUGUUCAUCCAACUCCUAAUGUUCAUGAAACUCCUCAUUUUUAUCCAACUUCUAAUGUGCAUCAAACCCCUAAUGUUCAUCAAAUUCCUGGGCAGACACAGCAAGUAGGGAGUCUAACCUCUCCUAACCAACAAGAAACCUCAUUUACUCCUCCAGUCCCCUCUCGCUCUAUGCAGCAAUCAUCCUCUUUUGAGGACCAAGCUCCUCCUUUACCCUCGCGAUCGCAACCUGGCAGACGUCGACUUUCUUCUCCCUCUAGUCAAGAAGCGGACAUUCCCCCAGAAUUGCCUAGCCGUAGUCUCCCAAGAAGAUCAAGUGCCCCAAAUUCACCUGAAAGUGUUUAUCCACCUUCCUCACUGAAACACUUCACAUCAGAUUCAAGCGUUGGUUUUCAGGCAUUAGGUCAUUCUCAAGUGCCUCCUAGUCAUGUUUCUAACGGCGAGCGUAAGUUUAGUGCCCCACCAAACCUUAUGCCACCCUCACCAAGACACCCCCCAUCAAGUAUGCUUCGCAGAUCAUCCUCAAGUGGGGAUGAAUACCCCACCCAUCAACCUAAAGAUAUGGAGAACGCCGCUGCCGUGGCGUUACCUGGAUUAGGCAAUAUGCCGCCGCCGUUACCACGUAAAUCAAGACAGCAAACUCCCCCAGAAAUUCCUGAAGAAGUUAUAACACCGGAAGAGGAUGACAGACUGAGACAAGGGGUGGGUCAAGAAGCAAGAAUCUCACUUACAUUGGAAGACGAGGAUUGGUAUAUUCCAAAUGUUUCAAGGGAUGCCAUUACUGAGAUGCUAGAAUGUUCCGAUAUUGGAUCAUUCUUUGUCCGGGACAGUCAAAGUUGUCCAGGAUGUUACGCAUUGACUAUGAAAGUCGUCAAAAGUAAAAAUAACCCUACAGGUUUUGGCCAUUAUUUGAUCACUCCUAGUGGAGGUGGAUUUUCACUACAGGGAUUUGACAAAAGUUUUCCUGACAUUUCAACUUUAAUCCGUCACUACUCCUCCUGUGACGAUGGUCUACCGUGUCAGUUGAUACUUGCUGGUUCGAAUCCUCUAUUUCAUGACGCCAACGGUUACCUGGUAGAAUUUAUGGAUGACGAAGAAGAUAUGUAUGGCAAUCUAUCCGACUGUUCGUCAAUGUUUCGGGAACUCAACAUGAAUGAUCCAUGGUAAACCAGCAAGCUGCCAGUUUUAUAUGGGCACUCCGUAAUCAUAAAGUUCAACGUUUGAGGUCAAUUGAUUCA